AUGUACUCUCAUUUCUGGUACGAUGCUCCUGCUUCACGACUAGCCAACUACUAUUCGAAACAGGUACCUGUCUACAUGUACUCGUUUGAUCACGUUAGCGAGAACUUUUUGACCGACAGUAAGUUUAAGAAUAGUUUUUGUUGAUAAUAUGAAUGAUAAUAUGAAAGGAGCUUUUCAUGGUGUAGAUGAAGUGUUUCUGUUCGAGAAGGAGCCAAGGCUUCUGGAGACAAGGAAAGAUAGGAAUUGGCAGUUGGACAAGAGAGUUACCGAGAUCUUUGCUGAACUUAUCAACUUUUUGAAAUAUGAGUAAGUUUAAGAUUAGUGAUGUUAUUUUAGGUGAAAAAAUUAUCUUUUCUUAGCUUUUCUAAUUUAGAUAAUACUCUAAUUUUAGUGUCCCAACGCCAGAAAACAGUGGAAUGAACUUUAACUUUACGGAAAUGACCGAGAAACUGGACUUCUUUUCGAUCACCGACACUCCAGAAAUGAAUACUGGCUUCAGAUGGCAAGAUCACGUCUUCUGGAACUGGUACGCUCGAGAUCUUGAUGCUCUGGAUGUUGGGAAUUUUCAGAAGAUAUCACAGUUCAACAAACACUUAGGGGACUAUCAGGUGUUGAUUUAG